AUGGGUGUCACCGUGUUAAGCGGAAAGCAGAACUUCAACGAAUUAAUCAACAGCGGAAAGACUGUUGUCAUCGACUUUUGGGCAACAUGGUGCGGGCCCUGCAGAUUCAUAUCACCUAUUUUCGAAGAGGUGUCGAACUCAGGAAUCUCGGGCAUCGAUUUCUAUAAGGUGGACGUGGACGCCGAGGAUGAGAUUUCCCAAGAAGUUGGCAUUAGGGCAAUGCCAACUUUCAUAGUAUUCAAGGAUGGAAACAAAAUCGACGAACUGAUAGGCGCUAACCCUUCGGGCCUCAAGUCGAUGAUUGAAAAACAUGCAUCCUAA